GUCAUGGCUUUUUUGCUAAGUUCAAGCCAAACCAGUGUCAAUUCAUUGCUCUCUCUUUCACUUCCCAUUAAACAACAGCGGCCUCGUGUGCUUGUCAAUAGUGUUUCCUGCAGAGCCACCAAAGUUAUUGGUAGUGAAAAUAAUUCAACCAAUUUCUAUGAGCUCCUUUCUUUGAGUCCAAACAACGCAAACAUCAACGAGAUAAAGAAAGCAUACAGAAGCAAGGCUCUUCGAUAUCACCCUGAUGUUUGUCCACCUCCCAUGAAGGAAGAGUCGACCAUAAUGUUUGUUCAACUGAAUGCUGCAUACAAGACUCUGUCAGAUCCUAUGUUGCGCAAAGAGUAUGAUUGUGAAUUGUUGGGGCUGAGAAAUAAUUAUGGAUCAACAUUGAAGAUGGAUGUGGAUGUUGCAAGAACUAGGUGGCAAGAACAAAUUAAUGGAUUGAAAAGGAGGUCAAAUCGUCGUACGGCUCAAAAGGAGGGGUCAAGGGGUAGUAGAAUAAGGGCUCAGAAUAUGAGGAACAAGGACUGA